AGGAGGUGCAGGAGGAGGGGGCCCCCGGGGAGCCGCGAACGCCGCCGAGCGUCUGCACACCUCGCUCCGUCUGCCGGGCUGGCUGGGGCGGCCCCGGGAGCCGCGGCGGGCGCGCGGGGCGGGCCGGGCGGGGAGCGAGCGCGGCGGCCGCGCGGGAGGCCGAGGGCGGGGCGGCGGCGCGAGCCAGCGAGCGAGCCAGCGAGCGGCGGCGGCCGUGGCGGCGGCGGCGGCGGCGGCGGCGGUGGCGGCGGCGGCGGCGGUUCCAGCAUGAAGAGGAGAGCUGGCCUGGGGGGCAGCAUGAGGUCAGUGGUGGGCUUCUUGUCCCAGCGGGGCUUGCAUGGGGACCCCCUGCUCACUCAGGACUUUCAGAGGAGACGCCUGCGGGGCUGCAGAAACCUCUACAAGAAGGACCUCCUCGGCCACUUCGGCUGUGUCAAUGCCAUUGAAUUCUCCAACAAUGGAGGCCAGUGGCUGGUCUCAGGAGGAGACGAUCGUCGGGUUCUGCUAUGGCACAUGGAACAAGCUAUUCACUCCAGAGUCAAGCCCAUACAGUUGAAGGGAGAACAUCACUCCAACAUUUUUUGCCUGGCUUUCAACAGUGGCAACACCAAAGUUUUCUCAGGAGGAAAUGAUGAACAAGUUAUUCUCCAUGAUGUGGAAAGCAGUGAGACCUUGGAUGUAUUUGCUCAUGAAGAUGCAGUAUAUGGCUUGUCAGUGAGCCCAGUGAAUGACAACAUUUUUGCCAGCUCCUCAGACGAUGGCCGAGUUCUCAUCUGGGACAUCCGGGAGUCUCCCCAUGGAGAACCCUUCUGCCUGGCAAACUACCCAUCAGCCUUUCACAGUGUCAUGUUUAACCCUGUGGAACCUCGGUUAUUGGCUACAGCCAACUCAAAGGAAGGAGUGGGACUCUGGGAUAUUCGAAAGCCUCAGAGUUCUCUCCUGCGUUAUGGUGGCAACCUAUCCCUGCAAAGUGCCAUGAGUGUGAGAUUCAACAGCAACGGAACCCAGCUCCUGGCCCUGAGGCGUCGCCUGCCCCCUGUGCUCUAUGAUAUCCACUCCCGCCUGCCUGUGUUCCAGUUUGACAAUCAGGGUUACUUCAACUCUUGCACCAUGAAAAGCUGCUGUUUUGCAGGAGAUCGUGACCAGUAUAUCCUUUCAGGCUCUGAUGACUUCAACCUAUACAUGUGGAGAAUUCCUGCAGAUCCAGAAGCUGGUGGCAUUGGCAGGGUGGUCAAUGGAGCCUUCAUGGUGCUGAAAGGGCAUCGGUCUAUUGUCAACCAGGUCCGAUUUAACCCUCAUACCUACAUGAUCUGCUCUUCUGGUGUAGAAAAGAUUAUCAAGAUCUGGAGCCCAUACAAGCAACCAGGAUGUACUGGAGACCUGGAUGGCAGGAUCGAGGACGACUCUCGCUGUCUCUACACCCACGAAGAGUAUAUCAGCCUAGUGCUGAACAGUGGAAGUGGUCUGUCCCACGACUAUGCCAACCAGUCAGUGCAGGAAGAUCCCCGGAUGAUGGCCUUCUUCGACUCUCUGGUGCGCCGUGAGAUCGAGGGCUGGAGCUCGGAUUCUGACAGCGACCUCAGCGAGAGCACGAUCCUCCAGCUGCACGCAGGGGUGAGCGAGCGCUCGGGCUACACCGACUCUGAGUCCUCAGCCUCGCUGCCGCGCUCCCCUCCACCCGCAGUGGAUGAGCCCGCUGACAGCUCCUUCCACUUGGGGCCCCUGCGGGUCACCACUGCCAGCAGCAGCAGCAGCGCAGUGGCCUCAGCCACACCGCCACCGCCCCCCACAUGUGAAGACACAGCCUCCCGCCAGCAACGCCUGUCUGCUCUCAGGCGCUACCAGGAUAAGCGCCUCUUGGCCCUUUCCAACGAGUCCGACUCUGAAGAGAACGCCUGUGAGGUUGAGCUGGACACAGACCUCUUCCCUAGGCCACGGUCUCCCAGCCCUGAAGAUGAGUCCAGCAGCUCCAGCAGCUCCAGCAGCUCUGAGGAGGAGGAGGAGCUGAAUGAGCGCCGAGCCUCCACCCGGCAGCGGAAUGCCAUGCGGCGCAGGCAGAAGACUCCCCGAGAGGAGAGGCCCAGUGUCCCCAUCAAGCCCCCCAGCGCCUACAUUGGGGAAGACAACUACGACUACCCCCAGAUCAAAGUGGACGACCUCUCCUCCUCUCCCACCUCCUCCCCUGAGCGGAGCAGUUCCACUCUGGACAUCCAGCCCAGCCGCACAUCACCGACUUCAGACAUAGAGUCAGUUGAGCGAAAGAUUUACAAAGCUUACAAGUGGCUGCGCUACUCCUAUAUCUCCUACUCAAAUAACAAAGAGGGAGAGAGCUCCCGUGUGUCUGGAGAGGCAGAUGAAGGCAGAGCGGGAACCAGCCAAAAGGACAACCCAGCCCCUUCUUCCAGUAAGGAAGCCUGUCUAAACAUGGCCCAGAGGAACCAGGACCUGCCCCCAGAAGGCCUCAGCAAGGACGCUGUGAAAGAAGGGACUUGUGUCAGAAAUCCUAGCACUGGCCCAGGCCAUGAGCACAAUAGCCACCCUUGGGCAGAGGCACCAGAGGAUACCUCUCAGGACACUAGCAAUAGUGGCUCAGUAGAACACUCUUUUGAAACCAAGAAGCUGAAUGGCAAGUCCCUGAGCAGGGCUCUGAGCAGCCGAGCUGAGGAGCAACCCUCUCCUCCUGUUCCCAAGGCAUCUGGCUCCACUCUUAGCGGUGGAUCUGGCAACUGUCCCAGGACCCAGUCUGAUGACAGUGAGGAGAGGAGCCUCGAAACCAUCUGUGCCAACCACAACAACGGACGACUACAUCCCCGGCCUCCUCACCCCCACAACAAUGGGCAGAACUUGGGAGAGCUAGAGGCAGUGGCCUACUCUCCCCCAGGACAUUCGGACUCUGACCAUGAUAACUUGCCCCUAGCGGGGACACUCCUGCACAAAGAUUGCUGUGGGUCUGAAAUGUCCUGUGAGACCCCCAGUGCUGGAACAAGAGAGGACCCCACUGACCCCCCAGAUACAGACCGCAACAGGGAUGUUCAUGGCCACAGCGGCCUCAAAAGGCAACGAGUUGAAUUGGAAGAUACAGAUUCAGAGAAUUCCUCCUCAGAGAAGAAAUUAAAAACAUGAUAAAUGCAAAGGGAAAACAAGAAGCUGCAACAAGCAGCUUUAUAAAUAAUAAUAAUAAUAAUAAUAAUAAUAAUUCCUGUUUAGUGAACACAGAGGAAAAGGAAAAAAUAAGUAUUAAAGGCACAUAAAACCAGGGCCUGUAAUUUUGUCUGAUGCUGCUCCCUUCUCUCCAACAAUGGGUCUGAAUGUUUCGCUGCCCUUUGACUUUUGCCAUGUUAAGGGGGGAGGGAGAGACCCAAGUGAUUCCUUUCUAGUGAGACUUGAGCAUAGCAUACUUGUGCUGAUUCUGUUAAAGCCUGUCCUUGUUGAGACGUUUGGCUUGGGUGUGUGUGUGUGUGUGUGUGUGUGUAUGCACGGGUGUGUGCACAUGCUCAUUGUCUCAUAGGCUUUUUUCAGUUCUCAGAAAGGACCUAUGGAUUUUUUUUUUUUUUUUUUUUUUUUGCUGUCUCACCCUGCUCACAUGCUAUAGGUGUUCUGGUCUUAAAGAUGAGUGCUUGCUAAAUCAGGUCCUAUGGCCAGUGAGUUGUGGCUUUAUGCUGAAAGAAUGGAGAAGAGAACUGGAAAACUCCUUUCUUAAAGAAAUCUUCGCAUUUCUUCUAAGUAACUCCUCUUCAUGGAGCAUUUGAUGAUCUAAUACAGACAUGCUAAAAAAUGUUGAUUGCUAAUGAGAGAUUAGAUGCUAAGUGCAGACCCAAGGACAUAGAUUCCCCCAAAAUGUCACUGAUUACAAAUUGAACAGUGCCACAACACACACUGUAUGGAGGCCAUAGCUGUGGGUAAUACUUUAACCAGCUAGGUGCUAGUCUUUAAGAUGCCAGAGGGCUAGCAAGCACUUUUUUUGGCCCCCAUGUAGUCACAUCUAGGCAUUUUGAAAGAAGGGAGAAAACAGCUCUCAAUACCUUUGUGCUCAAACUAGUAAAGUGGCUUGUGAUAGUGUGUUAAUAAAUAAGUUCAGUAAGGA